CAAUUCAGUAUAAAAGGCAGGACAGAACACCAGGUCAACACACAACAAGCAACCUACCACACAGAGCAGUGAAACACCUGCUAUUGUAGAAAUUCAAACAGAAUCGUUUUAUCGCUACUUUCGAAGUUUCUGAAUAUUUGCGGAUCUAGUACAAGAAAAGAUGGUAUUCAAACAUCAAAUUAUUGUCGCUGUUAUGUUAUUCUUCUCUAUGAAGUAUUCACUUGCAGGAAUACGGUGCUUCACAUGCGUGAAUGCGCCGUCUAAUGAGGCGUGCAACGAAAACGGGAAAAUAGAAGUUUGUGCACCAAACGAGCAAUCCUGCCAGAAUGAAGUUCGAAUAAACACUCCAAACGGAUUCGGAUACCUGAUAACAAAACGUUGUAAACAGCCACUUGCGUGUAAAAAUAACCAAGAUCAAAAUGACAAGCCAGCAUGGGAUCCCACACAAUGCAAUCUGCUUUUUGAAAAGAACAGUGUUUGUCGGUGCUGUUGUAGAGAUGAUUUGUGCAACAAAAAAGAACUUCCAUGCAACGAUAUUGAAAGAUGCGCUUCACGCGGCGACUUAGAAGGUGGAAACGUCGAGUGUUCGAACAACAACUUUCUUGGAACUUCAUGCCGAUAUUCGUGCGACCAGGGUUUUGAACUCGAAGGACAGGAAAUCAUCGAAUGUGUGGAUACGGGCGAUGCUAUCAUGUGGACCGGAGCACAACCUGUUUGCAAGCCUGGAUCAUGCAGAGGAUUCAUGCAAGCUCCUGUGAACGGUCGUAUGUCAUGCACUAAUGGGGCCAGAGUUGGUUCCUCUUGUUCAUUUGAGUGUUCUCUAGGAUACAAUUUAAUUGGAUCUGAUGAUGUUCUAUGCCAACUGAAUGGAAAUUGGGAAAAUCAACCACCGCGUUGUGAAAGAAUUCGUUGUCAAAGUCAGCAAGAUGCACCCACUAAUGGUGCAGUCGUAUGUAGUUCGCAAAAUCUUUACGACUCAAUCUGUCAAUUCACUUGUAAUACUGGAUAUUUCAUGACCGGAUUUGGUACAACUGCAUGCCAACUCGAUGGCACUUGGACUACUGAAGCACCAACAUGCAGUCGUGUUUUAUGUGAGGAACGUCCCAAUGCGAUACAAGACGGAAAAAUAUCCUGCAGUGAUGAAAACUUCUACGAAUCUACCUGCUCUUACUCUUGUAACCAAGGAUUUUUCAUGAAAGGAGCGGCAACAAUUUCAUGCUUGAGUGAUUUUACGUGGUCUGCGGCCGAACCGACAUGCGAGCCAAUCACAUGCAAUCCUCGUCCAAGAUCGCCCAAUCGUGGAAAUGUCGUAUGCAGUGAUGACAAUCUGUAUGCCUCAGUUUGUGCGUUUAACUGUGAUGAAGGUUAUUACAUGGACGGACCAGAAACUACCACUUGCCAGGAAGAUUUCAGCUGGACUGAUAAGACACCAGAAUGCAAAAGAAUCAUUUGCCCUGUAAGCCACGACUCAGUUGUAAAUGGAAAAGUGAAAUGCACAGAAGGAAAUGAAUACGGAUCAAUUUGCAAAUUCACGUGUGAUGAUGGAUUCUUUAUCAUUGGACCAGAAUUUUUGACAUGCCAAGAGAACUUCGAGUGGUCAGAUUCAGCGCCAAUUUGCAAAGCUUAUACUUGUGGACCUGAACUUUCACCGCCAUCUCUUGGCCGUGUGGACUGCACAAAUGGUAACAAGUCAUUCUCCGAAUGCAAGUACUCGUGUGGAGACGGUAGCGACGAUUGGGAGACAAAAGGAGAGACAGUUACGACAUGUACAAUUGAUCCAUUCACCAACAAAUAUGCCUGGAAUAAUAUCGAACCACCAUGUUGUGCCAAACGGUGCCCACCUUUCGCUCAGAUCGAUUUGUUCAUCGUUCUUGAUUCAAGCAGUUCUGUCGGCCGUGACAACUGGAAUAAAACACUUAACUUUGCUGCCGGCAUUCUCAAAGACUUCGCUAUUUCCCCCGAAGAUCUUCUCGUCGGAGCCAUCAGAUAUAAUGCUGUUGUUGACGUUAAAAGCGAAAUCAAGGUAGGACAAUACACAACUAAACAAUCUACCGUGGACGCCAUUUUGUCUCUUCCGUACGACGGACAAGGUACCAAUACUGGAAAUGCUCUCCAAUACGUAGUCGACAGAAUGUUGACGCAUCCCGGUAAUAGACCCACUGUGCAAGAUAUGGUUUUGCUAGUUACUGAUGGUAUUUCGAGAGAUGACGUCAAACUUCCCGCGCAGAAGUUGAGAGCAACCGGAACAAAUGUUGUUGCAUUGGGAAUUUCAAACAAAGCCGGCGGGUUGAAAAAAGAAGAUAUUUUGGACAUAACCAAUGAUCCCGAGAAGACCGUGCUACUGACAACUGGAUUCGACGGUCUCACCCCAGAUCUCGUUAAAGUUUUCAUCAGGCAAAUCUGCACGAACCCAUGCGAUCGAGCAAAUCAGUAUGGAAACUUCGCAUUGAACUUUUUGCAAUAGACGGUGAGCAUGGGAAGCGGAUUAACACGAACCGGGUCGAAUACGGGAUGAAUUAUUCCAUACUUAUAUCCGUACUUUAGCAUUACUAUAAUUUUCUUGAUUAUUGUUGUUCGUUGGUGUUUUGUCCGCUUACAAUUUGUCAAUCAUUUAUACCCAUUAAAUGUGUUAUAUUUUUUCCAAAAACUGGUGUUGCCUUUUAUCUUUCAAUUUAUUAACAUAACAUAUUUAUGCCAAAAAACAUUGACCAAAGUUUUGCAUUUUGGAUUUCUUUAUGGCUUAAUCUUUAUACCUAAGUAUAUUUUUAUAUGACGUCUCUAUCAAUUCUAUAUUCAUUUAUACUCACUUUUUGAAAAAU